GCGGCCGGGAACGCGGCCCCGCGGGGUAGCCCGGCGGCGGGCCCAGGGCAGGCCCCCCCGUCGCCAUGGCAACGCAGACCUACGUCACGGAGCUGACGGCGGCGACGACGCAGCAGCAGCAGCCGCCGCCGCCGGCCCCGCCCCCCGCCGCCCCCACCCCUUUCGGGGCGGAGCUGCCGGGGGGGCCCGCCCCCCCCGCGGCCCCCCCGCCGCCCGCCGCCCCCCCCCGCGCCCCCCCCCCAGCAGUACAUCGUCGUCACCGUGUCGGAGGGCGCGCUGCGGCCCAGCGAGGCGGUGUCCGAGGGCAGCCCCGCCCCCCCCCGCGCCCCCCCCGGCCGGGCCCAGCCCGGGGGUGCAGCCGGUCCCGGGCACCCAGCGCUCCCCGGCGCCGAGCAGCACCGCGGCCCCCAAACCCGGCCCCCCCCCAGCCGCUGCCGGGACCCCAGGAGGUGCAGCAGCUGCCGCCAGUGCCGGUGCAGCACGUCUACCCUGCGCCGGUGCCGUACGUGGAGGGCGGCGACGGCACCUACCCCCCCGGCACCAUCCGCUCGGGGUCAUAUCCCUACGCCGAAACGCCGCUCUACAGCCAAAACGCCGGCACCGGCUACUACGAAGCGUCGGGGGGGGGCCCGUCCAGCCCAGCCCGCCCCCCCCCCAGCUCGCAGGCGGCCGCUGGCAGCGCCCCCGUCCCCAUGUAUGUCUCGGGGGGGCAAAUUCUGAGCAGCCCCCCUCCCGGCACCGCCACCCCCGCCACCCCCGGCACCCCCGGCACUGCCGCUGGCACCUACGUCAUCCAGGGGGGUUACAUGCUGGGGGGGUCCGGCCAGUCGUACUCCCACACCACCCGCGCCUCCCCUGCCACGGUGCAGUGGCUGCUGGACAACUACGAGACGGCGGAGGGGGUGAGCCUGCCCCGCAGCACCCUGUACUGCCAUUACCUGCUCCACUGCCAGCAGCAGAAGCUGGAGCCCGUCAACGCCGCCUCCUUCGGCAAACUCAUCCGCUCCGUCUUCAUGGGCCUGCGCACCCGACGCCUCGGCACCAGGGGUAACUCCAAGUACCAUUACUACGGGCUGCGCAUCAAGGCCAGCUCGCCGCUGCUGCGGCUGAUGGAGGACCAGCAGCACCUCGCCAUGAGGCAGCAGCCCUUCGCCCAGAAGCAGAGGCUGAAGCCCAUCCAGAAGAUGGAGGGGAUGACCAACGGGGUGGCCGUGGGGCAGCAGCCGCCGGCCGGGCUCUCCGACAUCAGCACCCAGGUCCAGCAGUACCAGCAAUUCCUGGACGCCUCCCGCACCCUGGCUGAGUUCCCCGAGAUCGAUCUCCAGGGGAAGCCGCUGCCCGAGGGCGCCUGCGCCGAGGACGUCAAAGUUUUCCAGCUGCUCUACCGCGAGCACUGCGAGGCCAUCGUGGACGUGAUGAUAAACCUCCAGUUCACGCUGGUGGAGACGCUGUGGAAAACCUUCUGGAGGUGCAGCCUGAGCCAGCCCAGCGAGGCCGCCCCCGUCGCAGUCCACGACGAGGCGGAGAAGCGCCUGCCCAAGAGCCGCCUGGUCGUCCUCUCCAAAUACGAGCCCGUCCUCAGGUGGGCCAAGGACUGCGACCACGCGCUCUACCAGGGGCUGGUGGAGAUCCUCAUCCCCGACGUCCUCCGGCCCAUCCCCAGUGCCUUGACGCAAGCGAUCCGAAAUUUCGCCAAGAGUUUGGAGAGCUGGCUAACGAACGCCAUGAUGAACAUCCCCGAGGAGAUGGUCCGCGUGAAGGUGGCGGCAGCAAGUGCCUUUGCCCAGACGCUGCGGCGCUACACGUCCCUCAACCACCUGGCGCAGGCGGCGCGCGCCGUCCUGCAGAACACGGCCCAGAUCAACCAGAUGCUCAGCGACCUCAACCGGGUCGACUUCGCCAACGUCCAGGAGCAGGCCUCGUGGGUGUGCCGGUGCGAGGACCGCGUGGUGCAGCGGCUGGAGCAGGACUUCAAGGCGACGCUGCAGCAGCAGAACUCGCUGGAGCAGUGGGCGGCCUGGCUGGACGCCGUCGUCGCCCGCGUCCUCAAACCCCACCAGGGCACCCCCGGCUUCCCCCGCGCCGCCAAGCUCUUCCUCCUCAAGUGGUCCUUCUACAGCUCGAUGGUGAUCCGGGACCUGACCCUGCGCAGCGCCGCCAGCUUCGGCUCCUUCCACCUGAUCCGGCUGCUCUACGACGAGUACAUGUACUACCUGGUGGAGCACCGCGUGGCGCAGGCCCGCGGGCAGAGCCCCAUCGCCGUCAUGGGAGAGUUUGCCAACCUGACGAGCUCCCUCAACUCCCUGGACCCCGACAAAGACGAGGAGGAGGAAGAGGAGGAGGAGAGCGACGAGGAGCUGCCGCAGGAGAUGGGACUGGGGGCGGGGGAGGGGGCGGCGCUGCCCCCCGAACCCCUGGAGCCGCCAGCCAAGCUCCCCCGCACCGACGCCCGCGGCCUCUUCGUCCAGGCCCUCCCCACCAGCUGAGGGCCCCCCCCCCCCCGGUACCCCCCCGCCCCCCCCCCCGCGCUUUCACCCCUGCCUGGGCCCCCCGCGUCCCCCCCCUCCCCGCAGCUACCCAGCGGGGGGGGGGCCGGGGGGGCCGCGGGAGUCGCUCAGCGGCGACAAUGUGCCUUAAGCAACGCGCCGGGAUCGUGUGCCAAAGCCCCCCCGGCCCCCCCGAGGGGAUGGACAUGGGGGGGGGGGGGCGCGGGGGGCCCCGCUGCUCCAGCAAAGGGAAUAGCAGGAUUUGGGGAUGGCCCCUCCCCGGGGGGGGGGGGGCAACUUAGGGACCCUUGGGGGGGGGGGGAAAUGCUGGGGGGGGGGGGGGGGGGCAAAAAACACCCCGGGGGGCGGGGACAGAGACUGCUGGGGGGGGGGGGGGGGGAAGUCACAGAGACCCCGGGGGAAUCCUGGAUGUUGCCCCCCCCCCGGAACAAUGUUGGGGGGGCAACUCCCCCCCCAGCCCCCCCCCGCCCACCCCCCCAGUGCCAAACACCCCCCACGCCCCCGCUGCCUUACGCCAGGACCCCCCCCCCCCGCAUGAAGGGGCCCCCCCGGCCCCCCCCCCCGAGCUUCAGCCCCCUUCCCCCCUCCCCCCGUAUUAGAUAUUCUAGUUUUCGAUCAAUUCUGUGCUUUUGUACCCCCCUGCCCACCCCCCGUGUGUCCGGGGCCCCCCCGGGGGGAGGGGUCGGUGUUUGUGGCCGCAAUCGAGAGCCCGUGUGAAAAACCUCUAUUUUGGGGGGGGGGCGGGGGCCCCCCCCAUGCCCUCCCCCCCCCCCCCAGUGUCGUCCUCCCCCGCAGACGCUGUUUUCUACCUUUUGUAGUUCUUUCUUAAGAGGAAUAAAAUCCGCCGUGGUCUUU